CUAGGUGAAAAAACGUAUCCAACAAUUGGUAAUCGAUUAGAGUUAGUACAACCAAAAUGGCGGACAGAACGCCUGGUGGUACGCAGAAAGCCAACGCAAAGGCGCUGCUGGAGAGUAAGUUGAAGUCCUUCAGCAUUGGAAAAAUGGCCGUGAGUAAGAGGACCCUAAGCAAGAAGGAACAAGAGGAUAUCAAAAAGAAGGAGGAUGAGCUGGCAGCUGCAGAGAUCUAUGAAGAGUUCCUGGCUGCGUUCGAGGGAGGAGAGGGAAAGGUCAAGGCCUUCGUCCGAGGGGGUAUUGCUAAUGCAACUAAAGAGGAGGCUGCUUCUGAUGACAAGAAGGGCAAGCUGUAUAAACCCAAGUCACGCUUCGAAACAGCAGCAGCACCGAAAAGCAGCUUCCUGCCUUUGGAAACCCCUCCGCAGUUUUUAACAUUAGAUAAAAGACAUACACUGAAGAAAACAAAUGAAAAGGAAAAGAAGAAGAGUAAUCUAGAGCUCUUUAAGGAAGAACUUAAACAAAUACAGGAAGAGCGGGAUGAAAGACACAAGAUGAAAGGCAGAGUCAGUCGAUUUGAACCUCUCUCCGGGAUGGAGGGAAAACGCUCCUCAUUGGAUGGUUCUUCAAGAAGAAACCGUCCGUCCAGUGUUCUGGAUGACGCUGCACCUGGUUCCCAUGACGUCGGAGACCCCUCUACAACUAACUUAUAUCUCGGAAACAUCAACCCACAGAUGAACGAGGAGAUGCUGUGUCAGGAGUUUGGGCGCUAUGGCCCUCUGGCCAGCGUGAAGAUCAUGUGGCCGCGGACAGAUGAAGAGAGGGCCAGGGAGAGGAACUGUGGCUUUGUGGCCUUCAUGAACCGGAGGGAUGCGGAGAGAGCUCUGAAGAACCUCAACGCGAAGAUGAUCAUGAACUUUGAAAUGAAGCUGGGCUGGGGUAAAGGCGUGCCCAUCCCCCCUCACCCCAUCUACAUCCCCCCGUCUAUGGUGGAGCACACCCUCCCCCCGCCGCCCUCCGGCCUGCCCUUCAACGCACAGCCCUGCGAGAGGCUGACGAACCCCAACGCCGCCCUGCUCCCUCCGCCCAAGAACAAGGAGGAAUUCCACAAGACUCUGUCGCAAGCCAUAGUCAAAGUGGUUAUCCCAACAGAAAGGAAUUUGCUCUCUCUCAUCCACCGAAUGAUCGAGUUUGUGGUGCGUGAGGGCCCAAUGUUCGAAGCCAUGAUCAUGAAUCGAGAGCUCAGCAACCCCAUGUACAGGUUUCUGUUUGAGAACCAGAGCCCAGCACACGUGUACUACCGCUGGAAACUCUACUCCAUACUACAGGGAGAAGCACCAACAAAAUGGAGGACGGACGACUUCCGCAUGUUCAAGAACGGCUCGCUGUGGCGCCCUCCUCCCCUCAAUCCCUACCUGCACGGCAACUUUGAGGAGGGGGAGGGGCCUGAGGAGGAAGAGGAGGAGCCUGGGAAGAAAGGCUGCUUAAAAGAAGAAGAGCGUGAUCAGCUGGAGGAGAUGUUGAGGGCUCUGACUCCUAGAAAGGGGGACAUAGCCGAAGCCAUGCUGUUCUGUCUGCUGCACGCCGAGGCUGCUGAGGAGAUCGUAGAGUGUGUCACAGAGUCCCUCUCCAUCCUCAAGACACCACUCCCCAAGAAGAUUGCACGGUUAUAUCUUGUCUCUGAUGUGCUGUACAACUCAUCCGCUAAAGUAGCCAAUGCAUCGUACUACAGAAAAUACUUUGAGACCAAGCUUUGCCAGGUCUUCUCAGACCUCAAUGCAACGUACAAGACGAUACAGGGUCACCUGCAGUCUGAGAACUUUAAGCAACGAGUGAUGUCGUGUUUCCGUGCGUGGGAGGACUGGGCCGUGUACCCAGAUCCCUUCCUCAUCAAGCUGCAGAACAUCUUCCUGGGUCUAGUCAACCUAUCAGCUGAUAAGGAGGCUCCCGCUCCCAUCACAGUAGAGAAACCAUCAGUUGAACACCUGCCCCCUGGUCUACUGGCCCAGCCUGAGCCAGCAGAGGACAUCGACGGGGCCCCCAUCGGGGAGGAUAUGGACGGGGCCUCUCUGGAGGACGUGGAUGGGGUCCCUAUAGGGCUGGAUGGAGGGACCAUGGUGGACGGAGCCUCCCUAGGCUCUGCCCCCCUAGGCUCUGCCCCCCUUGACGGAGCCCCACUGGGGAUGGAUGAUCUGGACGGAGUGCCCAUCAAGGCCCUGGAGGAGGACAUAGACGGAGUGCCCUUGGAUCAUGCUGCGGCCAAAGCAGCAUCCUUUAAAGUAGCACCUUCAAAAUGGGAAGCAGUGGACGAGUCUGAGCUAGAAGCACAGGCCGUGACCACCUCUAAAUGGGAGAUCUUUGAGCAGCCAGAGGAGAAGAAGGACGAGGAUGACAGUGAUGAUGAGGACACCAAGAGUUCCCGGUCAGAAGAGCCUCCGAGUUACCCCAACCCCAUCAGAGACGACUUGGACUCCAAGACCAAGCACUCUGAGAUGAAUGAGGACAGACGCACCAAGCUCCGGGAAAUAGAGGUAAAAGUGAUGAAGUUCCAGGAUGAGUUGGAGUCUGGGAAAAGGCCCAAGAAGUCUGGCCAGUCUCUCCAAGAGCAGGUGGAAAACUACAGAGAGAAACUCUUACAGAAGGAAAAAGAAAAGGAGAAACUGGAACGAGAGAAAGAGAGGGAGAAAAAGGACAAGGAGAAAAGCGAAGCUCGCUCUAAAGACAUCAAGAAGGAGAAGGAGGAGUCUACUCCGACCAGGAAAGACAGGCGUGGCCUGUCUCCUGUGGUUGCUAGGAAACGGCGCCACAGCGGCUCACCCGGCAGCCCCCCACGGAGCAGCAGUAGACGGGUGCGCUCCCCAUCCCCCCGCUCUGAGAGGUCAGAACGCCUCUACUCCAAGGACGUAGGGUCAUCACGAUCCCGCUCCUCCCACAAAGACUCCCCUCGAACCACCAUCAUCAAGAAGUCCUCUAAAAGGUCUCCCUCGUUAUCCCGCACGCCCAAACGGUCCCGGAGGUCACGCUCCAGAACACCCAAGAAAUCCACCAAAAAAUCCCGUUCAAAAUCACGGUCCCCACACCGGUCCCACAAGAAAUCAAAGAAGAGUAAACACUGACAAAUCACCCACCCCUCGUUCUGAACCUCCUCCCUCUCCAUCCCUCUGCUGUGAUGUAUAAAUAAAAGAAUGAACAGUGGCAGCUCAGUUCCCUGCCUGAAUGUUCCUGUGAAGAAGAGGAUGAUUAAGAUGAGAAAUGGUUAUGCACAGGUUGCCAUGUUGAGACUCAAUGGAUCGAGCAAUGUUGCCAUGCAGGGUCUAUUCUAAAUGGAUCCUUCCGGGUUGCCAUGUUGGGUCUAAAUGGAUCCAGCGAUGCUGUUUUAUAUUGUAAAUAAAUAAGUGUCCUGUCCACUCCCCCCACCGCCCAAUGGGAUUCAUCCUCGUGGUAGACCACACCUGUACCCAGUGUGAAGAUGACUAGUCUUAUUUCCAUGCUGUAGUUUUCUUUUUUGUAGUUCACAAUUAAUAAAUAUGAUUCAUUAUAUUAUCUUGUUAAACUUUUUGCAUUGUAAAUCCAAAAUGAAAGCUUCAGACAAGCCCUGGAAGUCCUCCCCCUGCUGUUUCAGUCCAUUUCCCUCCAUUUGGUACCUAAUGAUCUGUUAAGCACUGGUAUUUAUUUAACACAUGGCUGUAAUGGUAGUGAGUCCUACGUUUUCACAGUUGUCAAGCUGUGGUGGAGACGGAGGGAAACUAGAAAACAUUUGCGGCUCUGAACUGUACAUGACAAUACUGAAAAUAUAGAACCCCAACUGUUUCAAAUGUGUCAUGGUGAGAUUGUCCUUUGUAGAAAUAAAUGUACUAUAUGUUUAUUGUAA